AGAUGUUCACAACCAUUUUUAUUGGCUGCGUUAUGCAUUAUGCUUCCGAGCCACAAUAGCGGCGCGAAUGGCGAGGACACGUUCACGGCAGCCGUUUUUCUCGACACUUUUUCACGAGUUGGUGAAUUUGUUCCACCAGCUCUCUACGAUCAUCAGCUCAACUCCUGUAUAUGUAGACUCACCACAAAGGAAGGCCGCCUGAUUUCUCUUGGUCGUCCUCUCUGGAAAACCAUUUAUGAUUCUGCUACCGCUCCUCAA